AUGCAAAGUUCGAUACUAUUGCUUUUUCUGCUACUGAUACUUUUGGGCUACGAUGGAGAAGCAUCAUCUUCACCGAGGACUAUGAAGCUGUGUUUGUAUUUAAAAGCGAUUCGGAGGAGUACGGCGGAAUGUGAUAAAGUGACGUUGGAUAAUGUGGAAGUUUCAAGACGUGCCCUUCCCACCAGCAAAUGUCAUACUUUUGCCAGACAUCGUCGUCCUUGUCACGAGCCAAGAAAACCUGUAAGACAGACACGGACUGUAUGUUCUCAAACGUUCAAAAGUGUUGCGAUGCCGGAUGCGGAUUUAAUGUUUGUGUUGUGGCCACUGGAAAUUUCACACGGAAUGGUAAAGGGUAAAUAA